AUGUCCGGGAAAAAGCGUAAUCGUGCCAAGCCGGAGGAUGAGGAAUUUGAGCCUGGGAGCUGGGAAUGCACGGUAUGCACAUUCCGCAAUAGGCAUGAAGCAUUCAAAUGUGAAAUGUGCGAUACAAGGAAAGGUACAUCGACACGGAAGCCACGUCUGAAUCAGAAUGUUGUUCAGCAUCAUACAGUUGUGCAGAAUUUUGUUGUACAACAAAGUCUUGCCGAGAAACCGAAAAGACGCGUUGGGCGGCCAACUGCAGCUGAUUCGCCAAGUACAUCGAGGCAUUCUCCAGAGAGCACUUCAUCUGGUUCAGGUACCACAAAAUCGACAACGAUUGCUUCCAGAUUGAACAACAAACGGGUAAUGUUCUCAGAGCUUUUUUUUGGUUUUUUUUUCCACCCAGAGUAA